CGGCGAGUGAAAGUGUACUUUUUCUUGUAAUAAUGAUAAUUUAGAGCAUUAUAAUAAUUCAAAAAGCACGGAACUUACAGGUCUACGAAAAGACUGAGAACACUUUUAAUAAUUACUGUAAACUUAACGUGGAGCAACGUGGAGGCGCUGCUGACAGUUUAUUAGGAAACUAUGGAAAAGGCUUUAUUUUUGUACUUCGUGGUAUAUUUAACGUGUCCUGUUACAACAGAAGUUGGACCCUGCGGCUCCAGGAACUUCCAGUGUGGCAAUGGGAAGUGUAUUACAAUGAGAUGGAUAUGUGAUGGUACUGAUGACUGCGGUGAUGGCACUGACGAGCUCCCUGCUUCCUGCUUGGCAAAGACAUGCAAACCCAGUGAGUUCCACUGUGGUGGACGGCUAAACCAGUGUGUGCCCAAAAGCUGGAAAUGUGAUGGCAAGGCAGACUGUGAGAACGGAGCUGAUGAAGCCGGCUGCAGUCCCAGACAGUGUCUGAAUAGUGAAUUCCGUUGCAGCAACGGUCAAUGUGUGUCUCAAGCCUUUGUCUGUGAUGAAGAUGCUGACUGUGAUGAUGGCAGCGAUGAAGCAAAGUGCCAGCCCAGGACUUGUAGUUUGACUGCUUUUCGGUGCAACUCGGCGUGUCUGCCACGCCUGUGGGUCUGCGACGGAGAUACUGACUGUGCAGAUGGUUCUGACGAGUCGCCUCAGAACUGCGGCAACCAGCCUUCUCCAUCUCCCAGCAGGCCUUGCUCCAGUAUGGAGUUCCAUUGUGGCACUGGGGAAUGUAUUUCAAACAGCUGGAGAUGUGAUGGGGAUCCUGACUGUUCGGAUCGAUCAGAUGAGAACAACUGCACCGUAUCCACAUGUCGUCCAGAUGAGUUCCGCUGCAGUGAUGGAUCGUGUAUCCAUGGUAGCCGCCAGUGUAACCAGGUGUAUGACUGUCAGGAUAUGAGCGACGAACUGGGCUGUGUCAAUGAAACCCAUUGUGAGGCACCAUCCAGAUUCCAGUGUCGCAGCGGUGAGUGCAUCAGCAUGGACAAAGUUUGCGACAAACAUCGUGAUUGUAGGGAUUGGUCUGAUGAGCCCCUGCGUGAGUGUGGUUCUAACGAGUGUCUGUACAAUAACGGUGGCUGCUCGCAUAUCUGUAAUGACCUAAAGAUUGGCUAUGAGUGCUUGUGCCCCAGUGGAUUCCGCUUGGUAAACAAGAAACGCUGUGAAGAUAUUGAUGAGUGUGCCAAUGGGGACACGUGCAGCCAGAUCUGUGUGAACCUGGUGGGCAGCUACAAAUGUGAGUGUGCUGAAGGUUACCAAGUCGAUCCAGCAACCAAAGCCUGCAAAGCUGUUGGAACUGUAGCCUAUCUGUUCUUCACUAACCGGCACGAGGUGAGGAAGAUGACUCUGGAUAAGAGUGAGUACACUCAAGUCAUCUCCCGUCAGAAAAACAUAGUUGCAUUGGAUAUGAACAUCGCCAACAAGGAGAUCUUCUGGUCUGAUCUGUCCCUCAAGAAAAUUUAUCGAGCUCCCAUGGAUGCUGCGUUAAACUCAUCUCAGCAUAACAUUGUGAUUGACUCUGGCUUGGAUGCUCCUGAGGGCAUUGCAGUGGAUUGGGUCCAUGGUAAUAUCUACUGGACAGAUAGUGUACGUGGUGCCGUCUCUGUAGCCACAGCAGAUGGAAAGAAACGCAAGACGCUCUUUGCAAAUAAUAUGACCAAGCCAAGAGCUAUCGCGGUUGACCCGAUUAAGAAUUUUGUGUACUGGACUGACUGGGGUACACCUGCUAAAAUUGAGAGGGGUGGCCUGAAUGGAGUUGAUCGCAGCACUUUGGUGUCUGAUAACAUUAUCUGGCCCAAUGGACUAACUCUGGAUCUGUUAAACGAGCGCCUGUACUGGGUGGACUCUAAGCUGCAUAUCCUCGCCAGUAUUAAUGUGCAGGGAGGUGGCCGUCGUACACUUAUUAUUGACCAGGGCAGACUGGCACAUCCACUAAGUGUCACAGUGUUUGAGGAGCGAGUAUUCUGGACUGAUGUAAGCAACAAUGCUAUCCUGAGUGCUAACCGCAUGACAGGGGGAGAAAUCACAAAGCUGGCAGAACAUAUCACAUCUCCAGAGGACAUUGUGCUGUUUCACAACCUGAAGCAGCCCAGUGCUGUGAAUUGGUGUAAGUUUAACAAUGGUGGAUGUGAGUUCCUGUGCUUGGCUGCACCACAGGUCAGCGUCUCCUCACCAAAGUAUACAUGUGUUUGUCCAGACAACAUGAUGCUGGACAAAGAUAUGAGGAAAUGUAUUCCUGCUGUUCCAACAUCAGCAUCAACAGCUCAGCCCAAAGUACGUACCACAGGCCACCCACAUAUAACCCCACAUAAUACACCAAAAGCCUCCACUAAAACCUCAGCUCCAACCAUCACCUCUGUGGUGAAGACACAACCUACAGAAGCUUCCAGAGCAAACCCGCCCACAGUCAACACACAUUAUGAAGUGACCACACAGACAAACGGUCAUAGUAUUGUUGCUGCAGUGAGAAAAGAAUCAACACCGCUGGCUCUUUACAUCACAUUACCCUUAGUGGUGUUAUGUCUUCUGGGAUUGGGUGGCCUGUUACUGUGGAGGAGCUGGAAGCUAAAAAACACCAACACCAUUCAUUUUGAAAAUCCAGUCUACCAGAAAACCACAGAAGAUAAAGUUCACAUCUGCAAGAACUACAGUUCUGAAGGCUACUCCUACCCACCGAGGCAAGUUGUGAGUCUUGAUGAUGAAUUAUGAGCUUUAACAUCUAUGCUAGGACUGACUACACAACCUGCUCCUUUGAAAAGCUGUAACAGGCUCAGUGAAUGGACAUUUGGAGAUCACUGUGUCCAGGGUCACAAUCCAAUUUUUAGAGACAGUUCCUGAGGCGAGCUUGUCCAUGCUCAUCUUUCUAGGAAACACAGGGAAACAAAGCAACCUCAAAAAUCACUGACCUCUUCUAAGGAGUAAGGGAGAAAGUAAUUGGUUAUGGAUGUGGAAUUGUGUGUAUGUAAGACAAAACUGCAGUAUUGUUAAAUGGAAUAUUCUCACUGAAGAUGUAUUGUAAAUAAUUUGUAUGUGAAGUUUAUGAAGUAUUUUUUAAUGGAUUGUAAAUACAUACACCACUAUAUGGUAUACACUAUAUGGCCAUAUGAUUCUUCAUGUGUAUUGCAGAUUUACUCCUCAUUUGGUGUUAUAAUAAUGUCUACUCUUCUGGGAAGGCUAUUAGAUUUUGAAAUCUACAUUGAGGGAUUUGCUUAUUCAGCUGAGAACAUUUUUGAUGCUAAUGUUGAGUGAGGAGACCUGGUGCACUACCAGCGUUCCAGUUUAUCAGAAAGGUGCUCAUGAGGCUUGAGGUCAGGGUUCUUUGCAGGAGACUUUGCAGUUCUUCCACUCCAGGAAAAUCAUUUCUUGAUAGACUUCACAUUGUGCACAGGGAUAUUAUCAUGAUGGGGCAGGUUCGGACCUCUUAGUUGCACAGAAGGGAAACUGUUAAUACGAAUAAAUUUGUGGAAGCAGUCACAUGGAUGUGAUUAUCUUGUGUCCACAAUCUUUUGGCCAUAUAGUGUACCAACGUAUUAAAACCCCAGGUCAUAUACAGAUUUAUGACAAAAGUGGCUUUUGUCAGUACAUCGGAACCUCAAAAUGGUGCUCUUUUAACUUUUUACAACAAUUGUACAGCAAGAGUGGAUUGAUAAACCAAAGUCUAUGAAAACUAUGUACCAUCGAUAAGGCUCUGUAGUUUUUUUUUUUUUUUUCUAAAUUUUUUUAUAGAAACCCCAUUCAAUACAAAUCAGUAAUGCAGCCUCAAGUCCUGGCUUAAUAGAAACUAAAGGAAUUUGGUUGAGGUAAAAUAAAACAAUGCUACUCAAAUCAGUAGCCAUACACAUCCAUGUGCUGGAUGUGUAUAGAUAAUUUCUAUAAUUGUGUUUUUGCCAUUUUGUAGUUUGUUCUGUUUGUUUGCCUCUGCAGGCAUAUUUAUUUGUAUUGUUUUGUUCGGUAAUCCCUAAGAUUAAAAUGUGAGACCAGUGCAUGUAUGCCAUUUAUCCAUAAGGAAGUGUAAAUAUAUUUGUGUAAAUGUAAUUGCAUAUGUAAAUACAAAUUUUUUGUCAACCCUAGUUGACAUUUUAUUUACAUAAACAAACUUCUUUAUUUAUUGUAGAAUUCACAUGCCUUAACUGACAUUUGUAAUGCCCUCGUCUGCAUCAUCCCCUCUUCCUAAAUCUUAAAGAGUCUGCUGUACCAUAACGUAUGAUGCUUGAUUUUUAGCAGAUGUUGUUGUACACAGAAAAAUCUGACUGUAUUUUUUGUUCCUAAAGAAGGAAUGAAAUGUGAUUUGUAUUUUUUGAAGAUGUUUUAAAUAUAUUUUGAGCUUGUUGAUUUUGGUAAAAAAAAAAGGAAAUA